UUGAAAGGCAAAAGAGUAGGAUCAUCAGCAGCAGGUUAAAUCCUCAAUAUGUUUAACAAGGUUCCAGGUUGUGCCUCUGCUUCAGACCAGUCUACAUUUUUCAAUAGGUAUUCCAAGAGAACAGUGGUGCUAGCUGUGUUCCUCCUAACAAAGCUAAAAUCAAGAGCAAGGUGGUGCUGAAGGAUGUUACCAAGUUGGGCAGUGCAAAAUUAAUGAAGGGUAUAUACUUCCAGUGCAUACGGGAAACAACACUCUAAGUGGUUCUUCAAGCAUGGGGCAAACAGAAACCAGAGUUGGGGGCAAACCCAGCAUAUUCAAAGACCUUGUGAGAAUAGGGAAACCGCAAGCCCUGGACAUCAUCCCUCUGUUCAGUGACAGUGUUCAGCUGGCUUCUUCCCGGACACGGGAGUACCUGCUGUUCCAGGACCCAGAGAACAAAUUUUUCCCGAGCACCGGUACCCUGAAUGAGAUCUUCCUGAUGACAUACAUCACCCGAAGCGUGCAGCUACAGAUGACCAAUGCCUUCAACUGCACGGCCAUGACCAAGGAGCAGAAGAUCUUGCUGGGGGCCGACUGGGUGUGGGCAGUCAUUGAGGCGCCCAGUAAAAACCCAAAGAUCCAGGUUGCUGUGCAGGUACUGCACCCAUCCGACGGGGAGGAUAAGGGUGCUGACGACUUCCCCAUGGAGGUCUACACUGAGGCCAUGGAAAUGGCACGCAUGGAGUCAGCCAAUAGAACUAAGGCCGAGAGGAUGAUUGAGUUCUGUUCCUCUAUCGGCCAGGACUGCCACGCGCUCUUCCUCUUCUUUGGCCGCAAAAAUGACCCCAGCAACAUCUACGGCGUGCUCAGCAACAACUUCCAUGCUGCCAUAGGUAGGUGUGCCAGAAUUGACCAGACAUUCAUCGAGAAUUUCUUCAAAGGGUCAAAGUCCUUUGUCACGCCAGCCCGGAUGCUGCAGGCCAUAAUCCGAAGGAAGCAAGAUGAGCCCCUGACAAUGGUCAUCAAGUUCACUUGAUGCCACCCCUCCCUCACCUCACGCUCUGACUUUGACAAAACAGUG